AUGCAUAUUCCUAAAGGCAAAGAUUUGUUGUUGCCACCGAAGAAGAAUAAAAGACCUUGGGGCGAGGCCCCAGAUAAGUCUUCAAUCUUAUUUGGUUAUACCGGUUCUCGGUCCACAAAAGUCUGUCAGACAGGGGACCACGCAAGAUGCAUUAAAUUGCUCAAGCUUCAAAGGGGUAAACAUUGGCCAUUAAGUCAAGAAUGUGCUUCGGUUCGCAAUCUAGUGGCUAGUACAGGACUAGGGCCUGGAAUUCUUCACCUUCAAUCGGAGUAUGAUAGUGUUGUGGUCUCUGCCUUCAGGGAACGAUAUUGGCUUGAAACUGAUACAUUUCAUCUUCCAUUUGGACAGAUGACAAUAACACCGGACGAUGUGAAGCAAAUUACUGACCUUGAAGUUGAAGGACAAUCUGUGUUUGAAGGUUUCGACAACAAUAUGUCUUGGAAUGACCUUUAUAUCCUUGUUCAAGAAACACUUGGGUGGGAGAAAGAUGAAACUGAGAUGGAGUUUCAGUUGGCUGGUGGUUAUGACCCUGCUGAACCACAUAAACCAAAAAUCAUCAAAAAUCUAUUGUUGAAGAAUCUGAGGACCAAGUUUGAAGGAACAAAAGCAAAGGAAAGGGAAGGUCAGGUGAUGGAUGAAACAACAGUUAGGCGUACAACCACAGCGUAUUUGUUGUAUUCUCUUGGGACCGUAUUCUUUCCCGAUAACUCGGGAAAUAGGGUCAAUGUUCAUUACCUAGAACUGUUGAAGAAUUUGGACAACAUCAAAAACUAUUUGUGGGCCACUGCAACCCUUGCAUAUUUACUUGACGCCUAA